CACUGUGUUACUUGUAUUUUUAUGUAAACACAGAACUUCUUUCCACUCCUCACACCUUUACUGUCAACAUAAUACGCACGACAAGUAUUUUAAAGUUGGAGUGGACAGAUACAAACGCAAUUAGACUCGAAAAUCUCCGAAUAACUUUAAUUCCAUGAAAUCAUAACCGAUCUUCCAUCAUUAUGUGAAAUCCAGACGGUGCUCUAAGCUCUUAAUGUUUGCCUUUCUCACACACAAACGCGCAUUAAUCAGCCAGCCUGUCUGUCCUCUGCGGGAUGGGCGGUCACUGUUCCAUUCCUCCCUAUAAAGGAGGAAUGGACCUGUUGCGCUCCAAUCGCCAAGCUGCCACAGCAGAGACAGAAAGCCCGACGUGAAUCCCAGAGGUUUAUCCAUUACCGCGUAAUCGAUGGAUUGUAAAGAGUUUGGAGACGAGUCCUCCGAGGGAGACACGGAGGAUCUGGACAGCCUGAAAGCGCUGACGGAGAAGCUGAAGCUACAGACCCGCAGACCAUCCUAUCUGGAGUGGCAGGAGCGGGUACAGAGUGGACCGUGGAAGGGAAGGAAUUCCGCAGAGAGCUCGGCCUCUGAAGGACAAGUCGUUUCCAUGCCUGCGCUUCUGAGAAACGAGAAGUCGGAGCUGGUUGUGCGCAACAUCUGUGGUUUUGAGACUAUUGAUGAUGCUUUGGAGUUUCUGAGGAAAGAGCUGAGGGAGAUGCAAGUUCAGGACAACCGUCUGGCCCGCCAGCUGAUCCGUCUGCGUGGGGAGAUCCACCGGCUCAAGGUGGAGCAGGUGUGCGACCGCCACAAGGAGAUGCUGGACGACGCCACGUACGAGCUGGAGGAGUGCGGAGAGGAGUCGGACCUGCUGUGUGACAUCCCCAUGAAGGCCGCCUUCGCCCUGUCCACCCCUCUCAAACACCUGGGCCUCACCAAGAUGAACAUCAACUCCAGACGUUUCUCACUGUGUUAAAACCACAAGCCUUACUCACACUACCGAGGAUGUGCCUCCUCUGUGUUUGUGUAGCCAUAUAAUUAGGGUUGUUUCCUCUUUGGGAGGUGUUGUGGGGUCAGAGUGAGGAGGUGGCUGCCAGAUACCGGUGCCAAGAGUUAAAAAUUUAAUGUGUGCCUUGGCUUGAUAUGCGUGAGGAAGCCUCUGCGUGCAGGCCUGCAGGGGCACACACCUUUACCACGAACACAGCUUCCUGCUGGACGGAGUCUGGGCUGCGCUGCUGUUGACUCAUCUUCACACAGUGCAGAAUGAAUCAGAGAGGAUGAAUGAAGACGAGACUGAAAUGUCAAGUGGAAUCAGCAUUAUGUUUAAAUACCUUACAGCAAUAAGGUCAUUCGGUGUUGCAAAAACAAAGUUUUACAAAGAAGUGCAGAGGGAGAGUAGAUCUGUUUUGGUAAAGAAGUGUCAUAAAAAUAAGAUAAUGAUCACUUCAGGAUGUAAAACAGUGUCUUGACAUUUCUGAGACGGGCCACAUUAUUUUACAUCAGUGGUUCCCGAAUUCAUUCAAUUCACUUUGAAUUCAAACAGCUCUAAAUCCCACCAGACGUCAUCGGAGGGCACGUCCCAUGGUUGGGUCAAGACCUUGUAUUAGUGGGAAGCAAAAACAUUCACUUUCAGCUACAAAAACCUUCCAGCAGAACCAGGCUCAGGGUGGAUGGCCAUCUGCCUCGACUGGUUGGGACGAGAGAGAAAAAGAUAACAAAGAGAAGCAGAUAAACAAUACAGAGAGAACAAUGGGGCAAUGGGGAUCAGAAACAUGCUAACGAUACCUCCACAGAGGUUAGUGAUAGUUAGUGAUAUGCAAUUAUGCCAUAUACUGUGUCCAGAGAGUGAAGGAGAUAUAAAUUGUUAGGGUCACCUGAGCAGCUAUCAUUAUAACUUAGGGGUCAUGAUCCUAAACUGGGAGGUCUUGGGGUGAUUACCAGAUUAGGAACUCCAAAAACCCCAGAUGUUUUCCUUCAAGUUAUAUCAUUUCACUUCAAAACUCUGGUUACAUGCAGCGAUCAAGAGCCAACAGUAAGACGUUGCUUCAUUUUAAGAGGUCAAAAGUGUAAAAGUUGGGAGCCACUAUGAUGCUAUGAUGAAAUCAAAAAGUUGCUUCUGCUCUCAAACGCUCAGCAGCACUUUAGCAUAAACAGAGCCCUUUAACAGAGAAACAUGCUCCAAACCUUCAUCAGGCCAUUGUCUCUCCCAGUAUCCUCACAGGAAGCAGGAGGUCACUCUCCAGCAUUUUUACACCUCUUCUUCACAAACCCAAAAAUAUCCCCCUCGCCUCGCUACUGCAGUGACAAGACCCAGGAGGCUGUGUGCCUCAUGCAUUUUGCAUUUUCCAUUACCGUGUCCAGAUGCUGCAGAGAACAGAUUUCAAGCUAUAUAUGGCUGGACAGUGACCAAGUGUAUGUUGUUGCUCAGUGGAAAAUGUAGUACAAGAUAAAUGAUUUGCUUAGUAAAAACAAGUAGGAAGAAUGAAUGAGUGUUUCUUUCUUUUUGUUUUUUUCUACAUUUGUAAAUGUAUAAAACACCUAAUGAAAUUUUUUACGACCGUAUGCAGAUUGUUAAAUCAUGCUACUGUAACAUGAAUGUAUCUACUCGACGAAUGAAUAUAAAGAAAAACGCCUUAAAAUGUAAA